AUGGAAGCAGCUCCAUCCUGCAAGGACUGGACAGAGGUCAGCAUCCGUCCAUCAUAUGAGGGGACUGUGGUGAGAGCUGUGUCUCAGCUGGAGGACACUUUCAGUAAAGAGAUAAAGAAGUUGCUUGAAGCUGAGCUGAAGAGGGUCCAGCAGUCUGCAGUGGAUGUGACUCUUGAUCCUGAUACAGCACAUCCAUAUCUCAUCCUGUCUGAUGAUGGGAAACAAGUGAAUCCUGGUGAUGUUCAGAGCAAUCUCCCAAACAACCCUGAGAGAUUUUCUCUCAAUCCCUAUGUUUUAGGAAAACAGAGUUUCUCUUCAGGCAGAUUUUACUUUGAGGUUCAAGUUAAAGGAAAGAUUGAAUGGGAUUUAGGAGUGGCCAGAGAGUCGAUCAACAGGAAAGAAGACGUCCCACUGAGCCCUGAGGAUGGUUACUGGGCUAUAUGGCUGAGGAAGAGAGUGAAGUACAGAGCUCUCAAUGACCCUCUAGUCUCUCUUGUCUUGAAGGUUAAACUCAAGACAGUGGGGGUGUUUGUGGAUUAUGAGGAGGGUCUGGUCUCCUUUUAUGACGUAGAUGCUGCAGCUCUUAUCUACUCCUUUACUGGCUGCUCCUUCACUGAGAAACUCUUUCCAUACUUCAACCCAGGUCUUAAUGAUGGUGGUAAAAACUCUGCACCUCUGAUCAUCUGUCCUGUCAAUCACACUGAGGAGACUGAUCAGAAUUAG